GGUCGCAGUUCUGUCCACUGACUCUAGAUGUCAGUAGGAAAACUUCAAGACAUUUUUUUUUCUUCUUCUUCUUUUUUAUUUUUAUUUUUGAGGCGUUAAACCGAAACUUCAGCAGCUUCGCUGAUCUGAUUAUUUCUCUGAUUAAUCGUCGCGGGACGCGUUCAGGAUGGCAGCUGUUAAGAUGACGGAGGGCAGCGUGCAGGUGGAGGGCUGCAAAGCACCACUUUUCUACAGACAGAGCGGGCCUGCCUCUGGAGACGCCAAGCUGUCGGUUCUUCUUCUUCACGGCAUCCGUUUCUCAUCAGAAAACUGGCUCAACAUUGGCACUCUGGAGACUCUGGCCAAAGCCGGCUGCCGUGCAGUCGCCAUCGACCUGCCAGGACUUGGUCAGUCCAAGUCGGCCCAGGCGCCGGCUGCGGUGGGGGAGCUGGCCCCCGCGGGUUUCCUGAAGGAGGUGUGCGAGCAGCUGAGCCUGACUCCGGUGGUGGUGGUCAGCCCGUCACUCAGCGGGAUGUACUCCCUCCCUUUCCUGAUGCAGCACCCGUCACUGAUACGAGGAUACGUCCCCGUCGCACCCAUCUGUACGGAGAAAUUCACAGCAGAGCAGUACCAGAGCGUAAAGGUUCCAGCGCUGAUCGUCUACGGCGACCAGGACGCUCAGCUCGGGGAGGUGUCGCUCCGUAACCUGAGCAGUCUGUCCAAUCACAAAGUGGUGGUGAUGAAGGGGGCGGGUCACCCUUGCUACCUGGACGACCCGGACACCUGGCACAAAGCUCUCACAGACUUCCUGAGUUCGCUGUGAAAGAGCAGUAGAGAAUCCCAACUUGUACAACACAAGGAGGCUUUAACAAAUAAGAGAUUUAGGCCAGAAAGUCCUGUGGAAGAUGAUUCUGUUUAUUGAUGCCUAUCAAUCAAAUCCAAGCAGAUUUGUUCCUCUUAAAGCCCUUAAAUGUUUUAGGGAAUAUUGGUAAAUAAUAGUUGCCUUAAAGUGAUCAUUUUGUCGAUUAAUCAUGUAGCAGCUUGUGUAGGAACUUAUAUCUGCAGAAUAGCUCAUUAUUGCAACCUGGCCCUGGAUUUACUGCCACCCUGUGGUUCAUAUUAGUCACUGCAGAAUGUUUUUUACUCCAUCAUGAACCUGUUUGAAAGACACAAAACCUGUUCAUCAGCAUCCCUAAAUAUCUUAAAGGAACUUGCAGAAUUUCUUUAGUUUAACCUACACCCGUUUAUAGAGCUUAUGUUGCAGCUAGAUGACACAGAAUGGACAAAAAAACUAAAAUCUAAAGGUUUCAUGUUGACACAGUUCUUCUCACUUGGACUGUUUUUCAUUAUGCAACACAAACUAGAGACUAAAAUGUGCAAGAACUCACAAAACUAAGACUUUCACAAUCAAACUUUCUCAGGAUUGUGUCCCUUUAAAGCUGUGGUUCCCAACGGUGGGGGUCGAGACCCCUCUGUGGGUCAUGUAACAUCAAGUGAGGGUCCCCAGAUGAUUUCCUGCCAUCAGUUUUAAACGCUAAUAAAUUUCUAAUGGAAUAUUUUCACAAUUAGUGCAAAAAUAAUAGAAUAAAUGAUUAAACAGAUUGUUAUUAGACUUGUUUACAUUGAUAUGCCCAAGUUUAACAGAGUUAUUAGCUAAGUUAGCAGACGUAAACCAGUGAUAUCACAACUUUCUGCAACUGUUACUCUGUGAGCAAGAAGCUAAAAUGGUUUGAAAACCACUGCCUUAAAGCAUAACAUGACUGUAAGGCUGUGUCUCAAUUCAGGGGCUGCGUCCUUCAAAGUCUGCAUUUGUUGAUCGCUCACAUCACAUACGUCAUGCGAAGACUAGACUCUUAUUUCACAGCCGUUUUCUGUGGCCUACGUAGGCUGCAGUCCCUCAGUUGAGACACACAGCCUAAAACACCUUUAUAUGUCUGAAAUAUGAGUCCUGUGUUUCUGUGAUGUGAUUAAUUUACUGUGUUGAUCAGAUUGUUUGAUGCAUGUGAUGCAAUUCUUCACAGCCAAAGAGCAUCAGGAGUGAUUUCUGUAUUUGUUUCUCUCUAGAAUCCUCUGCUGAGGUUGGGCUUUAUAAAGAACAGCUGAGCUUUAUAAUCAAAACAAAAUCUGUAAUUUGAGGGUUGUUUUAAAGCGCACUUUGUACCUGCACUGUAAAUCAGCUACGAGCGAAUGAAACAAAACACACCAUACACGAGUGACGUGAAGUGAAAAAUAUGAACAUUAUUUAAUAACUGAUUCUCUGUAAUAAACAAUUUGAAAAUAUUUUA